GCCCCAUCCCGCCGAUCGCACCGUUGCUGCUGGCAAGUUUGCAACCGCCUGUCCAACUCACCGACCGCUGACUGCACCUCGCCAUGAUGAGGGCUCCGUGCAGAUGGCCGCCGGCACUCGUCGUCCCGAUGCUGGUGGCGGCGUGUCUCUUUGUCUACUCGCUCGCGCGAUUCCAAGCGUCCAAUCCCUACAUCGAUCCGAUUUUUGAUCAGAGACAAGAUGUCACCAUCCCGAGCAUCAUUCACCAGUCCUGGAAGAAUGAGACCCUGCCCAAGCGGUUUCAAAAAUGGUCCGACUCAUGGAAGCGGCAUCAUCCCACAUGGACCUACAUCUUGUGGACAGACGACAUGAACCGCAAGCUCAUCGAGACCAGCUUCCCGUGGUUCCUCGACACAUACGACGCCCUUCCAAAGAACAUCAACCGGGCCGAUGCCUCUCGCUACUUUUACAUGUACAAGUACGGAGGGGUAUAUGCCGAUCUCGACAUGGAGUGUCUCCGAGCCAUGGAUGCACCUGUUGUCGAGGGUGGGCCUGCGCUGAUCGAGCGCGGAUCUGCCCUCAUCAGCUUCAUGGGUCUGGACACACAGUUUGAGCACUCGCUGCCAAACGCAUGGAUGGCAAGUGCACCCGGACAUCCCUUCUGGAUGUUCGUCGUCGACGAAAUCAUGCGAGCCGUCGCACGCUCAACGACUCUAACCGCAGAAGAAGCUACAGGCCCCGUCGUGCUCUACAAAGCCUGGAUGCGCUUCCGCUCGUUCCCGACCGCCAAGCGCAGCGGGCUGACGGUGCUCAAGCAUGGCUACAUAUACCCCUACAACUGGAACUACAAGAACAGCGCAGAGGCAUUCAUCUACCCCGACAAUUGGCUCGAUGUCAAAUACCUUUAUUCGAUAUGCAGUGCUCAGUCCGACCAGAUCGACGAGGAGCUGUGUAAAAAGAAACUAGGGGCCGAGGGCAAGCCUGGACAACUGGCCUACACCAUCACCUAUUGGUCCCAUGUAUGGGAGCCAGCAAAGUCGAACAAGCAAGUGCUUGACCAGAAAGCAGCACAUGCUCGGUAGUGAACUGUUAUACCUUGCGAGCCCAACUGGAGUGCACGGGGCAGAGUCAUCCCCACGAUCAAUCAAGCAAUAGAAUCAUCCGUAUACCGGCCACGGACCCCAUGCCAUACAGACAAUGGGUACACCAUCUCGCUCGGGCAAGAACACGUCGUUGUCGGAUCAUAUCAGACCGUACGCUUGGCCAACAACGACCGAGUGGGUCAAAUCAUCUCCUGUAGUGUCCUGGGAUGAGGGAGAGAGACAGAACAAAGAGAGAAGUCUGAUUUGGGUACCGAUCAAAGCCG